AUGCUACUUGAUGAAGAUCCUGCCACACUCAUUCGUGCGACUGUGUCCAACUUCAACAUCGCCCCAGAUAAAGCCGCCCUAUCUCGCGUCAAUGAUUCUUUGUCCACCCUGCAGCAAUCGCGCGAACUACGCAUACGAGAUGCUGAUACAGUACUGAGAAAGCUGUCGCGGCAGCUGGCAACUUUAUCAUCCCAGCAUCGCGAAGUCCUUUCGAGCCACGACAGUGGCAGGCACGCGAGCGAGAUUGUGCAGCUUGAUACGAAGAAGUUUCGCAUCGCAAAACAGGCGUCGGUACUGGAAGCUGAGAGCGAAAGACUGGAAGCAGAGCUUGAGAGCUUGAAAUCGCGAUUGGCCGACUUGGAGGAGCAAGGAGUUGAAGGAGACGAAAACGCGCGCCGUGCUCGGGAAGCAGAUGAUCCCACAAUCUUGCGACUGUGGCUUUACAGAUCACUCGGAAUAAGUCUAGAGCAAGACGAGGCCGGCAAUUACAACAAGGCAACAAUUGGAAAUACAAAGAGAGGUGAUGUCCAUGUGGUCAACAUCGACCCCAAGUUCUCGCGAUGGUUCUACGCAGACUAUUUCUGGCAAACCAUGCAAGGCUAG